AUGGGCGAUCCCGCUCGGCUCUGGGAGCGCCAAAAUGGCGUUCGCGUUACCCUCGCCCACGAUGUCCUCCAACGCGCACUUGGCACGAGCCUCACAGUGCCCACCGCGACGCCGAUUUUGGGGUCCCCCUCCAACGACGUCAGCCCAGCGGCAGGCGGACACACCCCGACCCCCUCCUCCACUCUCGGCUCCCCGUUCGCCUACAGAGGCACGUAUGGCAGAACCACCCCUUCCAGCACGCUUCCGCGGUAUGAGCACCGCACCACCACUGCCUCCCCCCGCCCCUCGACGCUGGGCGGCUCCUCCGCCCCUGCCUCUACCAUUCAGCGCUACCCAACCCGCCGCCCGUCCCCAAGCGGUUGGUACUCCCGGCCCCCGGGGGCGAACGACCAUUCGACUGAACCCUCGCCGGCGGCACCCCGCCCCGCGCGCAUCGCCACUACGCACCACAGCCCCUCUCCAUCUCGGACCUUCCGGCUGCGCCCUUCUCCGGUGUUGGCCGCCCGACACCUCCGCACUCCGCCCCCUUUCCGCCCGCGUCCGGUCCCGGCUCUGCCGUCCCAACACGGCAGCCCGACCUCAGACCCCUUCCGCCUGCGCCCGUCCCCCACCCUUCCGCGCGCCUUCGUCUUCACGACCUCCAACACGACCGCCUACGAGUCCGACUCUGACCGGGCCUUCGCCCGUUCGCAGCUGCGUAGCCGUUUGCCGCCCCGCAGGGUACCGCAUACGCCCCAGCGUCAGAUCACGGGGGCUGCCCAGCGUGGUUGGUCGUCGGGGUAUACUGGUUAUGGGCAUGGGCAUGGGUAUGGGGGGCCGACUUACUCGUACGGAGGUGGUGAUGGAUCUAUAAUACAUUUCGGCCCUCAUCAGUGCUCUCUCACCGGGCACCUUGGCAGAGAUAUGGCCUCUUCACCCAGCCAAGUACCACCACCCCAGCUUUGGCCUGACUUUUCCCUCAGUUGGCUCAACAACCAAAUCAGACCUAGAAAGUCGGAAAUUCGUCGCUUCACCGAAAUUGGCAUCCACGACAGCGAUUCCGACGAUUACCGGCAUUUGAGUAUCGCCGUAGCUACCAAGGCGAUGAAAGAGAUGGGCCAACAUAUCGUGGUCCACUCCCGUGUGAACGCCGACGAGACCGAGUUUAUCGGGAGUGAGGCGUACGAGGAGUAUAUUCGUCUCGAUAACGAGCUGUUGCGAGCAUCGUACAAGAAGCCCGUUCCUGCCAGGACGCCGCUUAUCUUAGGCGACGAUGAGACUGUUCUAGUCGUAUAA